UCCUCAAGCUGAUCAGUGUGUUGAAUGGACUAACCACCUUGGCGACUCCAGACUUGCAACAGUAGGCAAUGGCAAUCUGAUGGAUGGUUAGAAGCCAAAGUUAAAAGGAUUAUUCCUGGCCGUCGAACACAGAAGGUCUUUGAAGCCAGAAGAAAUCACCUGUCUGGCGAUGCCCCAGUACCUCAUCUCAGACAAAGUGGAUGAAUCUAUCAGCUGAACUUUCUCAACCUGUUAACUUACCAUGGUGCCAAGAAAGCUUGCGUGAUUCUAAAAGGUGUUCUUGAAGACAAGCAGCUGGAGUUUAACAGUCCCCUUUGUUCCCAAUGUUCCCAGUGUUUUUAGAACCCUUCCUUGGAGUUUCUGUCACUUAUCCUCUAAAGGGAAUUUAUUUUGUUGACAUGAUUAGCACCAACACCUCUCAAUCAGAAGCAAAUGAUUUCCAUUGAUGGUGUUUGUCCCCACAAAACUAAAGCCUUUGAAGACUGUCAAUUUCCGAGGAAUAAUUUGGACUCUGACCAGAUAUGGCCAGAGACGUCCGUCCUCUGAGCCAAAUGCCUUUGUCUACAAAGCACAUGCAACGGGUGGGAGCUACUCUGGGGCUUGUCCUCCCUUUCAUCCCCCUACGAUCUCUUAUUUUCUAUUACUUCCUUUCAUGUGCAGCAGCAGCAGGUAGUUUACCUGGCAUAGAAUAUGAUUAUGGCAUUAGCCCCAAAUUUGUUUGUACUCCCAUUCCUCCAGAAGCAGAUCCCAGCUGCUACUCGCCACCCAAUGUGCCCCAUGGACCAAGCAGUAACAGCCAUAGCAGUGACCACAAUGGCGGGAGCAGGCGAGGCAUGAUGUCCGACGAGGCCAAAGCCACUAUUCUGCACUUGCGUGAGAGCCUUGUGAGGCAGAAGGAAACCAUCCUGGACCAGCGAGAGACAAUCAGGGAGCUGAAUGCUAAGCUCACCUUAUGUGAGGGCUUUGGGGGUCACCACAGCACUGGUCACCAUGACAGUCACCAUGACAACCACCACGACAAUCAUCACGAUAGCCAUCACGAUACCCAUCAUGACAACCAUCAUGAAAACCAUCAUGAAAACCAUCAUGAUAACAACCAUAACAACCAUCACGGUACCCACCAUGACGACCAUCAUGGACAUCACGGCAGCCAUCAUGCAUCAUUGUCACUGCACCAUGGGCCUUCAGGAUAUCACAGCAAUGACCACCAUUAUUCCCACGGCAGCCACAGACUGGACCACAACAGGAAGGGCUCGUCAUAUAGCAAACACAGUUCCUUCUCUCCAGAACAGACUGGAAAAACCCUGCAGACACUAAAGGAGAGGCUGGAGAACUUGCAGGCCAGGAACUCCUCCAGCUCCUAUUCCAGCUCCCUGAGAGAACUUCUGCAGAGGAAGAUCAAUGCUUUAGAGGAACAGCUACACAGGUACUACAGAGAUCACCAUGACUAUGGUCACCAUAAUGACCACCAUGGAGAUCAUCAUGAUGACCAUCAUGGCAACAGCCACCAUGAUAGCCAUCAUGAUGGCCACCAUGGCAAUAGCCAUCAUGAUGGCCACCAUGGCAAUAGCCAUCAUGAUGACCACCACGAUGACCACCAUGAUGACCACCAUGAUGACCAUCAUGAUGACCACCAUGAUGACCAUCAUGAAGACCACCAUGAGGACCAUCACAAUGCCCAUCACAGCAACCACCAGAACAGGCAUUGGUACAACCGCCACACUGGACACCAUAAUCGCCAUCGUGAUCACCAUCGUGACCACCACUAUGAUGGGCACCAUGGUCGGCAUUAUAAUCAUUUCAGCAGCCACCAUAAUGACCAUCAUGACGAUCAUCACGAUGAUCACUAUGGUCAUCAUGAUGACAGUCAUCACAGAGAUCAUGAUUACCACCAUCGACCUGGAUACCAUGACAACCACCAUGAUGAUCAUCAUGACAACCACGAUGAUCAUCAUGACACCCAUCAUGGCAAUGACCACCACGAUGACCACCACCAUGACAAUGAUCAUCACCCGCGACGGCUUCCUUACACCAGUAAAGAAACGAGUCUGAGGGGCACUGGACACAGCAAGCUGGAAACAGUACUAAGCCAACUGCACCACAGCAGCACUGACCAUGGGAACCAAAAGAAGCUAAAGAGUCCCACUGCCUUCCUGUUAGACUUCCCCAUGAGGACUAACUACAUGUAUGGCAGGAUGAGGCGGUCAGUGGUGACGGAGAUCUUUGCCUUGACCAUCUGCCUGUGGCUGAAGGCAGGUGCAGGUCCUGGUCUUGGCACUCCCUUCUCCUACUCGGUGCCCGGGCAAGCUAAUGAGCUGGUACUAAUUGAAUGGGGCAGCAAUCCCAUGGAGCUGCUAAUUAACGACAAGGCGGCGACUUUGCCCAUAACUAUGACAGAUGAAAAGUGGCAUCACGUGUGCGUGACGUGGUCCACACGUGAUGGUGUCUGGGAGGCCUACCAGGAUGGAGCGAAGAAAGGCACAGGGCAGAACCUGUCAGCCUGGCACCCAAUCAAACCAGGAGGGAUUUUCAUCCUUGGUCAGGAGCAGGACACAAUGGGAGGCCGCUUUGACGUCACUCAGUCUUUUGUGGGAGAGCUGUCAGAUCUCCAGUUCUGGUCCAGGGUGUUGACAUCCAGUGAGAUUUACAGCCAAGCAACCUGUGGCGGCCACCUUGUUGGUGAUGUCAUGUCAUGGUCGGAGGAGUCGGUUGAGCUCCACGGAGGCCUCACUGAGCUUUCUUUUGAUCCCUGCCACUAAAGAUGGACGCUGACCCCAGGGCUGUAGGAUUAUCCUUUUCUAGUAAUUGAUAACAUGGUUGUGUCAAAAAUGGCUGACAAGUGGAAAUACAUUAUUUGAUCAUUGGUCAACCAUAAAGUGAUCGUUUCUCUCAUUUCUUCUUCCAUCAUGUUGGCUGCAGAACUUUAAUAGCACAAGCUCAGCUGUGGGCCACGAGCAGUGUGAGGACUUUGGUUGUUUGGUUUUUUUGUAUUUUUCCAUUCCUGCCGGAUCCUUCUGCCUUCUCCACCUACACCCUCACUUCCUCGCUCGAACGCUCCCAGCAGGACACCUUUGAAGGCUCCAAAGAGUGCAGGGCUUUGGAUUUACUGGCUGCACGCUCAUGACUGCAGCACCUCUAAGAGAUCCAACACACAUAAUAGGAUUUCUUUCAAUUGGAACAAGCCCAAAGGUUGCUGGUUUACCAUUAACUGCCCUGCGCUAGCUUGUUCUGUGCGGUUUAUGAGCAACAUAGACAUUACAGAAGGUGAAAGAGAUGCUAAACGAAGCCACAUAGAAACCUGAGUGAGGACUUGUGCGUGCUGCUAAAGAACCGAUAGUAAGGUUGCAGUACACAGCAGGGCAAAGCACUGCAUACUGAUGGUUGUUUUGCACAUUGAGAUUUUGACAGACUAUUCUUUUUGUAUUAGUAUUUCAUAUUGAAAACUCUAAAAAUAUGUGGGGGGGGUUUGUAGAAUUAACUAUAACAUGCUUUUGUGUGGCUUUACAAUGUGAGUACAUAUUUCAUAACAGUAAAUCGUGCAUUUUGUCAAUGCAGGACUGAAAAUGUUUUAACCUUUGGUUUUUCUUCUGUCUGUAAAUGAAUCAUUGUGAAAGGUUUGUUACAUAAGAGCAAAACAGCUCAAUGUCAGACACGACACAUUACAGCCACGAGCCACCUGACUGCAUCAAUUCAGGUUAACAACGUGUCACCGCGCUAAUGCUGAUGUCUCCUUGGGCAACCACUGGCUUACAGUGGGAUUUACCUGUGAACAACUGAUCUGAUCCUGCUUAUUUCCGACAAGCUCAAACCGCAUGGCAGAGUCAGACACACAGAAGCUAAACCUGUAAAAAGACAUUGUUGAUCUCGUGUUAAUCAUUUGUAGCUGCACUUUCAUUGUUUUAUAACAAGAGUUUGGGUUUUUUUGUACACGUAAAUCAAAUAUGAAAGUAUUUAUUAUGAUUGUUCUCUGGUUGUAAGCAACUUUUACUUAACCCUGUGUUUAUUUGUAAAGCUCAUCUUUUGAAAUAAACUGUUAUAUAUUUGCUAAUUAGAGCCCUUCUGAAUUAAACUCACGUAUCCUCCAAUGAAAUUUAAUUCAGCAGAAUCAGUCACCUCAAAGAGCUUUAUAUAUAGGUAAAGUAGAUAUUUUCAAAUUAUCUUAAUCCAAACCAAAAGAAAAUUCUCCAAAUUUUCUCCAUAUGUUCAUAUGUUUCUACACACAUCUAUAUAUGAUGUGACAUAUAUAUAUAUAUAUAUGAUGUUCUUCUUUUGUCUGUACUCCUAUACUUCACAUUUAUACCUCCUUCUUCCAAUACAAAAAUGUGUAGUUUGUAAGCUAAACUUUAAAAUGCAUUAUUAACAUAAAUACUUGCUUAUCCUCACCUUCAGUGCACAUUUCAAUAGUUUUUUUUGGUUUCUUUAUUUUUUCUUUAAAUUUGUUUUUUGUCUUUUGCUGUAAAUAUGCUGAGUAUAUUCCACUACCCCUUCCCACAUGUGUAAGCCAAAAACUACAGUAUAAACUGAAAUGUAAAACUUGAAAAAGAAGAGAAAUGCUCUAUAAAC